AUGUCUAACAUCUGGACGACUCCGGAUCUCCCGUGGGCUGGUGUGCCCCCGCCAGGCGAGACCAGACACGAGGUCGACCCGCCCAGCACCUCCGCCUCUGUGAUCGGGUUUGGUGCCAUCGUCACCCUCAUCGUGGCGACCGUGGUGUGCCUGCGCCUCAGCACGAGGAUCUUCAGCUCCCGUGGUCUCAAGAUCGACGACUUCACUGCUUACGGAGUCGGCAACCAUAUAUGGGACGUGCUCUGGGAUAAUUACACACCGGGAAUCCUGCAGCUCAUCUUCCUCGCGCAAAUCUUCGGCGUCACCACGAUCUCGCUCAACAAGCUCUCCGUGCUCAGCCUGUACGUCUCCAUCACGCCCAACAAGAAGUUCCGCGCCGCGGUCUACUUCCUGAUGGCCGUCGUGGUCGCGUUCUCGCUGGCCUACGUCCUGAUAUUGAUCCUGGACUGCCAGCCCGUCCAGUCCCAGUGGGACUUGAACACCCCCGGCAACUGCAAGGAACUGGGCCCGGCCACAUCACCCAUCCUCAUCCUGAGCCUUGUAAACAUCUUUGUCGACGUGGCGGUAGUCGUCCUUCCCAUCCCGGUCAUACUCCCGCUGCGCAUACCCAGGGGCGACAAGAUCUCGUGCCUCCUGUUGUUCGCGGCCGGCGGCGGGCUUGUCUUGAUCGCCGCGAUCGGCAGGACCGUCGAGCUCAUACCCCUGCUGAAGCCGGAGACGGGCCACGGCGACCUGCAGUUCGUCGACAUGCCGUGGCUCGUGGUCCCGGAGCUCAACUGGGCCAUCGCCGAGGCCGGCGUCGGCAUCGUCGCCGCCUCGCUGCCGUCCAUCCGGCCCAUGUGGCAGCGCCUGCGGGCGGCGGGGGCAAGCUUGAGCCGCCACGCCUCAGGAUCCGGAUCCGGCCACCAUGAUGGCGAUUCCGGCGUGGCGCUCCAGGACACGUCGGGCGGUGGUGGGAGCAAGGAUGUACACGCCGGGCAGGAUCAGCAGCGGUCGCGGCGGGACUACUAUGCGGAGGAGAUCUUGCGGCUCGGCGGGCGGGCUCGUGAUGUGGAGGCGGGGCUUUGA